GCCCCUCUGCCGGGCCGGGCCGGGCCGGGCCGCGGGUCCAUAAAGCGGCGGCGCCGGUGGGACCCGCUCCUGGUCCCGGCUCCUGGUCCCGCCUCCGCCCCGCCAUGGCCGUGGCCCGCUGCAAGCUGUCCGUGGGGCUGGGGCUGGCCGGGGUGGCCUGCGCGCUCCUGGGGGGCAGCCUGCUGCUCGCCGGGCCGCUCAUCAUCCGGCAGCAGGUCAUCAAGAACGUCAGGAUYGACCCCAGCAGCAUCUCYUUUCAAAUGUGGAAAGAAAUCCCRGUUCCUUUCUACUUGUCRGUGCAUUUCUUCGAAGUGCUGAACCCCAAGCAGGUGCUCAAGGGAGAGAAGCCGGUGGUGAGCCAGCGUGGGCCCUACGUGUACAGGGAGUACAGGUAUAAAACAAAUAUCACGUUCCAUGACAAUGACACMGUUUCCUACCUGGAGUACCGGCACCUUUUCUUCCAGCCUGACUUGUCCAAUGGCACUGAGGACGAAUACAUCGUUGUGCCAAACGUUUUGAUGAUGGGAGCAGCUGUGAUGAUAGAAAAACUGCCAGAGUUUUUAAAGUUAAUAGUGAGUGGAGCCCUGGCUAGCCUGAAACAGCAGGCGUUCAUGAACCGGACAGUGGGGGAGAUCCUGUGGGGCUAUGAAGAUCCCCUCAUAGACACCUUAAACRUGCUUGUUCCUGGCCUGAUCCCUUUCGAGGGCAAGUUUGGAUUGUUCAUGGAUUUUAACAACUCCAAUUCCGGGCUGUUCACAGUGAACACAGGCAUGAAGGACAUCAGUCAGGUUCACAUGGUGGACUCSUGGAAUGGCAUGAAGGAGGUGAAAUACUGGCGGAGCAGCCAGUGCAACAUGAUCAAUGGGACAGCAGGGGAGAUGUGGCCACCGUUCAUGUCCCCGACCUCCCUGGAGUUCUACAGCCCUGAUGCCUGCAGAUCCAUGACACUGGUGUAUGAGCAGUCUGGAAAGUUCCAGGGUGUGCCCACCUAUCGCUUCGUGGCACCAAAAACCCUUUUUGCCAACGGCACGGACUAUCCACCCAACGAGGGCUUCUGCCCCUGCCUGCAGUCGGGCAUCCAGAACGUCAGCUCCUGUAGGCUCAAUGCACCGAUGUUCAUUUCCCACCCUCACUUCUACAACGCUGACCCGUCCCUGGUGGAUGCUGUGGAAGGCCUGCACCCCAACAAGGASCAGCACGGGCUUUUCCUCGAUGUGCACCCCAUGACGGGCAUCCCCAUGAAUUGCUCCAUCAAACUCCAGCUGAAUCUGUACAUAAAGGAGGUGUCUGGGAUACUUCAAACAGGGAAUAUUAAGCCGGUGGUGCUGCCGCUGCUGUGGUUUGCAGAGAGUGGAUCCAUCGAAGGCUCAGUCCUAAAGCAGUUUUACAACAACCUGGUGCUGAUCCCAAUGCUGCUGGAUUACGUGCAGUACAUCUUGCUUGGGCUGAGUGUCCCACUCAUUAUCUCAGCAGCUGUGCUUAUGGCAAUGAGUAAGAGACACACCACGGAGAAGAGCCCCCGUCCCCCUGCCCUGCAGAGCAAACCUCCCCCGUCCUCCGAGACCACGCCGCUCCUGCAAGACGCCGACGCCCUGAGCCAGGAUGAUGCCGAAGCCUGAGGCCCCUGCCCCGGCACGCUUCCCACUGGGACACACUUCCCACUGGGACACGUCCCAGGAGGUGACACCUGCUUCACAUGAGAGCUGUCUGGAGGGUGAAGUCCUGGACAACUCAGUGGAGACACUGCACAGCACGGCAAAGCCACGGGACAGUCCUGCACAGCGUUCCUGUUCAUCCAGAGACCUCGUCCAGACACUCACAAAGUGUUCCAGAAACCCUGUCCCCUGGGGCCGCCUGAGACACAGCCCCUUCUCCWGUGGAAUGAAGAUGACUGAUCUGAGAAGAUAUUUGCAAUUUAAAACUGCCUAUUGCUAGGGAUAAAAGGCACUUUAAUGGGAGCCUUUAAAAUAAAUGAGGUUUGUAUAGGUAGCACUGAUGGGAUUUAGUGAUCUUUUUAAAAGCCACUGUUCAUCUCACCAAAUGGGGCAYGCUGUCCUGCAGCCACUUACAAUUUUAUUGCCACUUGAUGUAACUGGACUACACUGCAAAUCAUUUCUGGGUGCUGUCACUUCAGUGAUGUCUCUUCCCACGGUGUCUGGAGCCUGCCUGGGGUUGCUCCAGCCUUUGCACAUGUUGGAGAGCAGUGGUGACUUUUAAAGCCCCAAUUCUGUGCCAUGACCUUGUGCUCCACAGUGAUUCCAGCUCAYAGCCCUGUUACUUAAACCUCUCUUGGCUGUAGGUGACUGCGUGAGAUGAGCCUUGGCAAACACCCGGUGGURUGGAGCAUCAGAGCUGUCACUCAGCUCCUGGCACUUGUCCCUGCUGCCUGCUCAGCCAGCCAGGAUCAGCUUUUCUGGUCGUGGCCAUCAGCACUGGGAGGCCCUCAGUGGCUCCAGCCACGCUACCUGGCCACRGGAAGGCAAAGCUUGACCUUGUCCUUGAAUGUCAAUGAAGAUAUUUGUGCUUUUGAGAGGGAGGAAUAUGUGCAAUCAUGAAAGUAACAAUGGCCUUAAGUUGGGUUUGAUUAAAGCAUUGCAGAUUUCUGAAAUGGUGUGUUGGGUGACCUGGGGCUGCAUGUUACCUGGGGGUGGAUGGUCUUGGGUCACCCUUUAGUGGGAAGGGAGCCCAAAGACCAGGAAUAUUUUGGGAAAAUUACUAGUCAGUAGCCAUCUACCACACCUGCCUUGCCCGCUUCCAGCCAGGAGCUUGGGAAAACCAAAGGGGCCAGUGCUGGAGCAUMUGGCAAGGAUGAGACAGAGGUGGAAGGAACCCUGGUCUGUCUUGGAACAGGGGACUUGUUGCACUGUGUGUGACACAGAUAAAGAGCACAGGACCUAAACCCAACUCUCCCUGGGCCAGUGCAUUCCUUACUGGYCCUGUCCCCRUCCU